AUGGUAGGGCACUGCGAUUGGAUGGGGCUGGCAGUGCGGUUGGCACGAUAUGCAUUGGAUCAGGGAGAGACACCGGUGGCAUGCGUGUUCGUGUACGAACCGAUGGGAGAGGUAAUAGCGUAUGGGACGAAUGACACCAAUGGAUCACUUACGGGUAUAGCGCACGCGGAGUUUAUGGCAAUAAAUCAUCUGCAGUCGGCGGUCGGCACCGGUGCAGAAAUGUUGCGGUUGGCUCGAAGUAUUACCGUUUAUGUGACAGUGGAACCGUGUAUUAUGUGUGCAUCCGCACUGCGACAGUUGGGAAUCGGGAAAGUUGUCUUUGGAUGCGCCAAUGAAAGAUUUGGUGGUAAUGGGACAGUUCUUCACUGCAAUAAGGACGCUAGUGCUGGUCUAAAUGGCACGUAUAGGAGCGUUCCUGGAAUUAUGCGGCGGGAAGCAAUAAUGCUGCUGAGAUAUUUUUACGUCAGAUCAAAUGAACGGUCUCCUAAACCGAGAAACAAAAGCGAGCGGCACCUUGACAAGACAAGUUUUCCCUUGUUGAACUGGGGCAGGUACCUAGAAGAAUCAGAAUUUGUCGAAGAAUUUGGUGAGGAGCAGACGAAUCAUUAUGCAAAUCAUACGGACGUGGCUGAAAAGAUCAAUUGGUCACUUGUUGAUGAGGGAUGUGAUGAUAUCAUCAAUGAAUUGGAGAGGCGUUGCAGUAGAUUCGUUGAACAUAGAAAUAAAAGAGUAAAACAAUGA